GACGCUUCCUGCGGCAGCGACCGAGACGUCUGCGGUGUUUCGCGCCCGGAGGUUGCUUUUUUGCUCUGCUCCGCCGCGGGCGCCUCCUCUGCCAUGAACAAGAAGAAGAAGCCAUUCCUGGGCAUGCCCGCGCCCCUCGGCUACGUGCCGGGGCUGGGCCGGGGUGCCACUGGUUUCACCACCCGGUCAGACAUUGGGCCGGCCCGGGAUGCAAAUGAUCCUGUGGAUGAUCGCCAUGCACCACCAGGCAAGAGAACAGUGGGGGACCAGAUGAAGAAAAACCAGGCUGCUGAUGAUGAUGAUGAAGAUCUGAAUGACACCAACUAUGAUGAGUUUAAUGGCUAUGCUGGGAGCCUCUUUUCCAGUGGGCCCUAUGAGAAAGAUGAUGAGGAAGCAGAUGCUAUUUAUGCAGCUCUGGAUAAAAGGAUGGAUGAAAGAAGAAAAGAAAGAAGAGAGCAAAGGGAGAAAGAAGAGAUUGAGAAGUACCGGAUGGAACGCCCUAAAAUUCAGCAGCAGUUUUCAGAUCUCAAAAGGAAGCUGGCAGAGGUCACAGAGGAAGAGUGGCUAAGCAUCCCAGAAGUUGGUGAUGCAAGAAACAAACGCCAACGGAAUCCACGUUAUGAGAAGCUGACCCCUGUUCCUGAUAGUUUUUUUGCAAAGCAUUUACAGACUGGGGAAAACCAUACUUCUGUGGAUCCCCGGCAAACUCAAUUUGGGGGUCUGAACACGCCAUACCCAGGUGGACUGAACACUCCAUACCCAGGUGGGAUGACCCCAGGACUGAUGACGCCAGGCACAGGUGAGCUGGACAUGAGGAAGAUUGGCCAGGCAAGGAACACCCUGAUGGACAUGAGGCUGAGCCAGGUGUCUGAUUCAGUGAGUGGACAGACUGUUGUGGACCCUAAAGGCUAUCUGACGGAUCUCAACUCCAUGAUCCCCACCCAUGGCGGGGAUAUCAAUGACAUCAAGAAGGCACGACUGCUCCUCAAGUCUGUUCGGGAGACAAACCCUCAUCACCCGCCAGCCUGGAUUGCGUCAGCCCGCCUGGAGGAAGUGACUGGGAAGCUACAAGUCGCUCGGAACCUCAUCAUGAAGGGAACAGAGAUGUGCCCCAAGAGUGAAGAUGUCUGGCUAGAAGCAGCCAGGUUGCAGCCGGGGGACACAGCCAAGGCUGUGGUGGCCCAAGCUGUCCGCCAUCUCCCACAGUCUGUCAGGAUCUACAUCAGAGCUGCAGAGCUGGAAACAGACAUUCGAGCAAAGAAGCGGGUUCUUCGGAAAGCCCUUGAACAUGUUCCAAACUCUGUUCGCUUAUGGAAAGCGGCUGUUGAACUGGAAGAGCCAGAAGAUGCUAGGAUCAUGCUCAGCCGAGCUGUAGAGUGCUGCCCCACCAGUGUAGAGCUCUGGCUUGCUCUCGCGAGGCUGGAGACUUAUGAAAAUGCCCGCAAGGUCUUAAACAAAGCACGGGAGAACAUUCCUACAGACCGGCACAUCUGGAUCACAGCUGCCAAGCUUGAGGAGGCCAAUGGGAACACGCAAAUGGUGGAGAAGAUCAUUGACCGAGCCAUCACCUCACUGCGGGCCAAUGGUGUAGAGAUCAACCGUGAGCAGUGGAUCCAGGAUGCUGAGGAGUGCGACAGGGCAGGGAGUGUGGCCACCUGCCAGGCAGUCAUGCGAGCUGUGAUUGGAAUCGGGAUCGAGGAAGAAGAUCGGAAGCACACCUGGAUGGAAGACGCUGACAGUUGUGUGGCCCACAAUGCCCUGGAGUGCGCACGGGCCAUCUACGCCUACGCCCUGCAAGUAUUCCCCAGCAAAAAGAGCGUAUGGCUGCGAGCUGCAUACUUCGAGAAAAACCAUGGCACCAGGGAGUCUCUGGAGGCGCUCCUGCAGAGAGCCGUGGCCCACUGCCCCAAGGCCGAGGUACUGUGGCUUAUGGGCGCCAAGUCCAAAUGGCUGGCAGGGGAUGUGCCUGCAGCGCGGAGCAUCUUGGCCUUGGCCUUUCAGGCCAACCCCAAUAGUGAGGAGAUCUGGCUGGCGGCUGUGAAGCUGGAGUCUGAGAACAACGAGUAUGAGCGGGCCCGCAGGCUGUUGGCCAAGGCGCGGAGCAGUGCACCUACGGCCCGUGUGUUCAUGAAGUCUGUGAAGCUGGAGUGGGUGCUAGGGAACAUUGCAGCUGCCCAGGAGCUCUGUGAGGAAGCCCUGAAGCACUACGAGGACUUCCCCAAGCUGUGGAUGAUGAAAGGGCAGAUCGAGGAGCAGGGAGAGCUGAUGGAGAAGGCUCGGGAGGCCUACAACCAGGGGUUGAAAAAGUGCCCUCAUUCCACACCCCUGUGGCUCUUGCUCUCCCGGCUGGAGGAGAAGAUUGGACAGCUGACCCGAGCUCGGGCCAUUUUGGAGAAGUCUCGCCUGAAGAACCCAAAAAAUCCUGGGCUGUGGUUGGAGUCUGUGCGGCUGGAGUACCGAGCAGGGCUGAAGAACAUUGCCAACACACUCAUGGCCAAGGCGCUGCAGGAGUGCCCCAGUUCUGGGAUUCUGUGGUCAGAAGCCGUCUUCCUGGAGGCAAGGCCCCAGAGGAAGACCAAGAGUGUGGACGCCCUGAAGAAGUGUGAGCAUGACCCCCAUGUGCUGCUGGCUGUGGCCAAGCUCUUCUGGAGUGAGCGGAAGAUCACCAAGGCUCGGGAGUGGUUCCACCGCACGGUGAAGAUUGACUCCGACCUGGGGGACGCUUGGGCCUUCUUCUACAAGUUCGAGCUGCAGCAUGGCACCGAGGAGCAGCAGGAGGAGGUGAGGAAGCGCUGUGAAAACGCAGAGCCCCGGCACGGGGAGCUGUGGUGCACCGUGUCCAAGGACAUCGCCAACUGGCAGAGGAAGAUUGGAGAGAUCCUGGUGCUGGUGGCUGCCCGCAUCAAGAACACCUUCUGAUGACCCAGUCUGGGGCAGGGGUGGGACCAUAGGUGGCUCAUGGAUACACAUGGGCAGGGUUGACUAUCUGCCCAACGUUCAUUAAAGAUCUUCAUGUCGUGGGUAAGGGUGGGGCCUGCUGUCUUGUGCUUUUGCAGCCCCACCAGCCUCCCACRCAGGUACGGGGUGGUCCUAGUUCCUCUGGUUGGGGCAAGGCCUCUUGCAGACACCUGUAUCCUACAGAGGAAGCAUGGUGGGGUGCCAGGGCUUGUUGAGGUUUUGUGGAGAAGGUAGUGGAGUCAAGACUCUGCAAAAAGUGGAGACACUCGGUCACUAGUCUGUAGCACAGGUGGAGGCCACAUAGGGACUGAGCUAUGAGUAGGGGGAAACACUUACAGGAGCCCCCAUGGUCACAUCCAUAUGGACAGAGACUUUCCCAGCUGGGGCCUCCUGGAGUGCUGAGUGUACCCAGCAGAACCUGGCUGUGUCCAGGCCUCUCCGUGCUGGCCAGGCCCUGUGGAGAUGUCCCCCAUAGGAGCUUGCCUUGUUUUGCAGGAAAGUCUGCUUUUGCUAGUUCAUGAUUAGCAGUUUUAUCCUGAAGCACUGUGCCUGUCCUCAUUGAUAGAUGGAAUUUUGUAUUGCAGAGAUGUGACUUCUUUCAGCCUUUCUGCUUUGUGGGGAUAAAAAAAAAAAAAUUCUUGGACCUUGAAUCUCUGUGUGUGUGUGUGUGUGUGUGUGUGUGUGUAUGUGUGUGCACAUUCAGUUGAGAAAUAGCUCUCAGGAGUGGUGUGUAGCCCAUGCCAGGUGGCUGGCUAGAGAAAAUGGCUGUUCUGGAGGGCAAUGGACGUCUUCCACUUUGGCCCAGCAAGAAGAUAAAGUGCCUCUGGGGAUGGUGAAGGACAGCCUCUGACACCUACUUCCUGUAGAACAGCUGUUCUCCAGUCUUAAGUGAUGCACCCGGGGGGGCUCCACAUCUCUUGUGCCUGUAGCAAGGCCUGCAGUGGUAGUCACAGCACAGCUCAGCCUUCCUGCAGACAGGGCCCUACUGGCUUGGGGUGCCUCUUCCCCUCCUCCCAGGUGAGAACAGAGAGCCCUAAGGAGUGCUGGCCACAGGACCUCGGCUUCAACUGUGGGCAUCUGGGGUGGAUGAGGCCAUGCUGUGGAAGCCAUGGGCCCAACUCGAGGAUAGCAGGCAGGGACCAUCUUCAGGGUGGAACCAGAGAUGCUGGUUGUUUGGUACCAGGCAGUCAUAUGGAUGUGCCAGCUGACCUGUGACCUGUGAGGUUGUGGUCAGUUGUUGCUGCCCUGUCCUGAGGGGUGGCCACAGAGCUUCUUCUUGUUUUGCUGGGAACUUCAGAGGCAGCCUUGGAUUCACUGUAAGCAGCCUCCUUUAUUGGUGGGAAGGGGCAAGGUGGCCUCUACUUUGAGUGGCCUGUCCCUUUGGUUCCUCCGGGGAAGAGUGAUUGGCAUGAAACUACAUACAAGGCCCUUGGAAGGUUCCAGAACACCUGCAUGUCCAGAGGUGCCUCUUCUCACCUGCAAGGGGGUGGCUUUCUCACGUGUCACCAGCUUCCCUCCCUGGGAGGCUUAAUGUACCUUUUCUUCAGCUGAAGGUUUUUAGCCCAGACUGAAGGUAAGCCAUGUUCCAGAGGCAGAGCAGCAGCCCCUGCCCAUGAGAGGCCCCUUCAGUCCAGGAGGAGCAGGCUGGGCCAGCAGCAUGGAAGUCUGGGAAGUCCCAGAUCUUGACCUGCGAGGGCAGGACUUCCUGGGAGUUGGUACAAGGGCUUGUGGUCAUGGGGCAGGGAGUUGAGUCCUGUACAUCAGAUUCUGUCAGCCAGUUCCUGGGAGGGGCAGCACUUGGUGACCACUGAGGGGGACCCCAGUCAGCCUUGCCCACAGCUGGGCCCUGCUCACUAAGCACCCUCACUCCUUGACAAAGUGCAAAGUCUCUGGGGCUGACAACUCCCUGUGGGUCAAACCAGUACCCUCAGUCUCUGAGCAACCCUGGCCUGCAGGACAGGCCACAGUGGGCUCCAGGGUCAGACUGACUGAAGCAGCCGGGUAGAGGCUGGGAGAGGGAGGGGCAGGCUGGCUGUGGGCCUCUCUUUCCCUCACCUGUCUCCUCCCUCCUCUGCUGGAGGAGCCAACUUCAAAAGCCUCUCCGCCUGCCCUGCAGCAAGGCAGUCCUGUCCAGGGAGCCCCGUAGGCUGGUGUUGGACCUGGAGCAACUGCCAAGUGCCAGCUGCACUUACCACCAUAGACCCAGGACCAUGUGCGUGGUCCGCUGGAGGGAGUGAGGCAGGGCAAGACCCUGAUUGACCAAUGGUGCCCUCCAAGCCCACACUCUGCGCCCUCCUGCUGGCACUGCUGUGGUUGGUUCCUGACUGGGCUAAGCCCAGUGCCUGCAGC